UGUGAAUAUAGCAACCUCGUUCUUUUUUCAUCGGCAUCGUUGCGGUGUGCUUUUCGUUAAACGGUUGUCGAGUUAUACGUACAUUUAUUUGAAAUGGACGCACCGCCAGAAGGAAAUGUUGAUGCAGAGUCGUGCACUGAGAUGGAUGAUGACAAGUCUAACUCUGAUUGCCAAUCAAUGCCAGCGUAUAUGAACUCUGUGCUGCGUCGUCAGUAUUUGCAAGAAAUGGUAAAAACCUUGCCGAAACCUGUUCAAAAUAGGAUUACCACUCUGAAAAAUUUACAACUGGAGCAUUUAAAACUUGAAGCGAAAUUUUUCGAAGAGGUUUACAAGUUGGAGAAACAAUAUCAGCUAUUAUAUCAGCCGAUGUUUGAUAAGCGUAAGGAAAUUGUAACGGGCGCCGUCGAUCCUGCAGAUGAGAAGCCCAACUGGAAAGAACCCGAGAGUAAUAUACUACCUCCGGAUGGCGAAACAAUCGCCGGCUUUCGCGAAUCGCUCAAACAUGUAAAAAGCAUGUCUCAGGAUGCCAAAGGUGUUCCGGGCUUUUGGCUUACAGUUUUUCGCAACACUUCGAUUUUGUCCGAGAUGGUCCAGCCCCAUGAUGAGCCAGCGAUGCGCAAAUUGAACGACAUAACUAUUAAAUAUGAUGAUGAACAUUCAUAUACCUUGGAGUUCUAUUUUGAUAAGAAUGAAUUUUUCACCAACUCUGUGCUUACCAAGCAGUACUUCCUUAAAGCUAGUGUUGACGAAGAAGAUCCAUUUGCAUUCGAAGGUCCAGAAAUAUUUAAAUGCAAGGGUUGCGUUAUUAACUGGGAAAAGAAAAUGAACUUGACCGUAAAGACUAUCAGAAAGAAGCAGAAGCACAAGGAACGUGGCGCUGUGCGUACCAUUGUCAAGCAAGUUCCUACGGAUUCUUUCUUUAAUUUCUUCAACCCACCCGAAGUUCCAAACGAUAAGGAAGAGAUUGAUGAUGAAUCGCAGGGUAUUUUAGCAACUGAUUUUGAAAUCGGCCACUUCUUACGUGCGAGAAUUAUUCCAAAAGCAGUGCUUUACUUCACUGGCGAUAUUGUCGAUGACGAAGACGACGAUGAUGAGGAAGAGUUCGAAAACGAGGAUGAUGAUGAGUACGAUGAUGAUGAAAACGAGGGUCCAAGCAAACCCGCAAUUGGCAGCAAAAAACAGUCUCCAAACGACUGUCCUAAUCAAUAAAUUGUGUCUGUGUCAACAAUUUAAUCACAUAAAUGCAUUUGUAUGCAAAUAGAAAAUAUUUCAUCGGGAAUCGAAUUGAAA